GUGUCACCAUGAGGGGAUGUGGUCUUGGUCUUAUCAGUGAACAGGCCAGUCGUCACCACGGUAACCUUAUUUAAACGGCAGGGACGGAUCUUACAAAGUGGGACAUGGUCUAACACUGCAGACUGCGAGGCAGAUGGCGGUGAGUGUGGCAGACAGAGCCGUUGGGGCCAUUAUCGGGGCAGCAGUGGCAGAUGCAGCAGCUCAGCCCAUGCACUGGAUCUAUAACCCCGACAAGCUCAAAGAGGUGCUGUCCGGGCUGGAGCCCAGUCCCGAGUUCAGACCAGAGUCAGCCAAUCCCUUUUACAGGAGGAACACCGGAGAACAGACCUGCUACGGAGAUCAGGCCUAUGUACUGCUCAAGUCUCUCAGUCAGUGUGGAGAUGUGGAUGUGGCAGACCUGAUCAAGCGCUUCUAUGAGUUCUUCGGUCCCGGGACAGUUUACGAUCUUCCUCUGAACGACCCUUACAGACAAAAAGGAGGUCCCAAAGCCAUCCUACCCAUCAACGGUCCAUGGAGACACAGCAGUCUGAAGCAUUUCAUGAAAAAUGUGGACGCUGGGAAGAAAGAAACAGGUUCUGAGACGGACUGCCAGAUAGACAGUGUGACUAAACUGGCACCCCUAGUGGCCAUGUUUGCAGGGCGUCCUGAGAUGCUGGACAAAGUGGAGACAGCUGUGAGAGUGACCCAGAACAAUGACGAGUGUGUGGCUGUGACUUUGGCUGCAGCGAGGAUUCUGGAGCACUUUGUCCUUAAUGGUCCCGAUCCGAACGUUCUGAACGUCGUUCUGGAUCAACUGAAAAACCCAAAUAGGAAGAAUCCACAAGACCUGGACAACGCUGUCAUUGCUCAACUGAGGGAAGUGAAGGACAACCUCUCCAAGUCAUCCCAAGAGCUGAUACCUGCAGUCUUCACAAAUACAUGAGCUUUGCCCGGUGCACUCCAGGGGGCGCUCCAUGGGGUCCUGACACAGACACAGCUGGACGAGGCUGUGAGGGACACCAUGCGCCGCGGGGGGUGCACUUCCAGCCGCGCCUCCUUCAUCGGGGCCUGCUUCGGGGCUCAGACUGGUCUUGAGGGAAUCCCGGAAUCGUGGAGGAAGCGAACUUUCAGAUAUCCCGAACUGCUGGAGCUGGCACAAAAUGUAGUUGCAAAAUAUCAAAAGGAUAAAUAAAAAUAUACUGCUUUAUUAGCUUUUACGCAAGACAUACCCGUACUUUGAUCGAGGAGUUCAUGACAGUUUUGUUCUCAAGUAUCACACUGAAUGAAACUUGAAGUAGUUUUCUCCAAAUCAUUGUACUAAAUGUGUGUCAGCAAGAAAAUAAAGACUAUUUAAGUCCA